AUGGGCUUGGCAUACAACGUUUACCUCAACUGCAAGCGAAUCUAUGGUUGCAAGACUUGCAAGACUCACCUGGCCGACCAUGAUGACAUAGUGAGCAGAAACUUUCGGGGACAGCAUGGCAAGGCUUUCCUGUUUAACAGCGUCGUCAACAUUGUUGCUGGCGAGGCUGGCGAGCGCAACAUGACUACUGGAAGACACGUCGUGCGAGACAUCACCUGCAGGCAAUGCAAAGAGACGGUCGGCUGGAAGUACGACAAGGCCUACGAACCUGCUGAGAAGUACAAGGAGGGAAAAUACAUUCUCGAAGCAGAAUUGCUUUGCAGCGUGAAUUGA